UAAAAGUCGUCGAAAUGGUCGAAUACGUUAACGCAUCGAGAGGAUUAAUUGGACGAGGUCUUGCCCAGACUCGUUAGCGCGUUCAAGGUGAGAUGUAUGUAAAUAGCAAGCAACGAAGGUCCCGAAGGAUUUCGGUGGUACAAGAAUUUUGUAAGAUUUCUCAAGCAUCAAGGUCUUGACUGGCAUGCGUUUAUUAAUUAACAGGUUGUUUGCCUUUAACUAUCAAUUUCGUCAAUCAGGCUGUUUGCCUUUAACUAUCAAUUUCGGCAACAUCGAAGCGUAAAGUUUGUACGACGAAGACACAUUCCAUGUUUACGAUUCGACUUUCACGCUAACGCGAAAUUUUUGCAAUUUCACGACACACGUGUAAUUGUACUCUGUGUGAUUUCAUCGACUGCAGCACCAAUUAAUUCCCCGCGUAUGUAGAAUGUACAUUGCAUGGAUAAGUUGUUUCAUAUAUCAUUAACCUCUAUACAUUUAAUACAUUAGAUAUUUGCAUAAAAGAGAGCAGAUAAAAAACGAUGAAGAUAUGACCUAUGGACGGCGGUCAGGAGUGAAGGAAGUUCCUACAACGCAUGAAACUGGUACGAGAGAAGUCAAUACUCUUUAGAAAACCGUUCAUCUGAAAAUAAUGAUCUUUUUUCACAAAGUAAUCGGAUGUAUCCAUAAAUAAGAAACUCCAAGAUGGGCCGAAUUCCUUUCAAAAUGGUCAUUCAACGCAUAGGGAUAAAACUCGGCUGUAACAUUUGCUUUUGACGAAGGACGAGUGUAAAGAGAGGUACUUCAGAGUGUAUGGCCAUACAUCUCGCAUCGAAUAAAAAUGCCAGUUACGCCGUUGGACGUGUUAGGGGAAAACUCGAGCGAGAAGAAGGAUCAAUCGCCGUGAACCAGGAAGAAGAACUGACUCACUUUCUCUGCUGUAACAUCCGUUGACUUAACAUCCGCUCAUACUAGGACGCGUAUACGUAGUUAUGAAUGUUACGCGAACGCUUUCACGACGUAAUUCGCUUGUGUGUUACGUCUGAAUGAAAACAAACGGGAAUCUUGCCCUCUAACGUAAUAGAAGGCGAGGCGUCACAAGAAAACGGGUUACUCGCGAGAAGUUAUUACGGUGCUCCAAUUUCUUCUACGUUCCUUUAUUUCGUUUCUCUUUUCCUUUCUGUGCCUUUAUUUUAUCGUUCGUUUAUUGUAUGAUAUACAUCGUAAUUCGCUAGCCAGUUCACCUGAUAACCACUCAGCACGCUAUGUAACUCUGUUUGCUAUGCAAAGCUAAGUCAUGCCAAACUGGCAUUAUUGUAGUUCAUUAAAAACGUUGUCUAUUAACUCCUUUUUAUCAAAGCGGAUACAGUCAUUUCUUUCCAUCAAAUUAGUUUAUGCUGAUUACUGAUUACCGAUUAAAUUAGUCAUCGCAAUUGUCAUUCCAAUCUACGAUACGCUGAUUACCAUCGUUAUUGAAAUUUUCCAGUUCUCGCGUCUAAAAAAAAUCACAGUCAUCACACGGUUCAUGUUAAUGAUUCCACUGGAGGUAUGACUUUAAAAAAGUAUCAAACAAGAUUAAUGAUAGUAAUUAAUUUGCGUGAACAUCUUGUUUCGAGGAUUCAAUUCAUUACUGCAAAUUGUAACUAGCAGCAUGCAAAUUAUGAUCAGUGUAAUCAGAUGGGAAUUGAAACGAGUUUGCGAGGGAUGUAGUAGAAAGAUAUUAAAAAUUAUCUCGAAUUCCCAAAUUUUCCAAAACUUGCAUGUAGCGUAAUGUUUGAUACUCUGGAUAAGUUUAUGGAAUCUCCCCUAUUCAAGAGAGAUCUCAUUUACAUCAACGAUAUUACUCACAACAGUUUGAUGAGACAAUGAUCGAGCUUUUUUUUGCUAAUCUUUAAUUCAAUCGCCGUGUCGAUAGUUUAAUACACGCAUAUUAUCGUCCUUGAUUCUUUAACGACUUAUUUGCGUGAUUCCGUUGACGCAUGAGUCUUGCUGACAACAGUGCCCGGCAUUUUACUACAAUUAAUUCAGUUGGAUACUAAUUGAUGGAUCGAACUCGAUAAAUACGUUUUACGCAAAUCACUUGUUUGUAUUCUCUUGAAAAUUGUUUUACAACGAGGGUAAAUAUUAUUGUUCGUUAUGAUGUUGCGGUACAAAAGCUUCAGAGCAAUCUCGGGCUUUCCGAUUUCUAUGGUCGAAACAUAUUUUAACGAUGAUUUCACCAUGAGAUUUUUUGCUUAAAGGACAAAGGAAACGAGUCGCGACGGACCAGUAUUAUGUACGAUUUUGUGCGACGCGAAACCUAUAUGGUCAAAGUGGCUAAACCGCUUUAAAUAAUUUAUCGUUGGACAUGUUCCUAAUAAGCACAUUUCGACACAGUUGUAGAUACACAAAAUCUCUAUGUUCCAUAGAUGCUAUACCAUCCACUCUAAGAAGAAUUAUUACAUGGAACGAAACGUCUGACGUCAAGUAUAUAACCACUUUGCUUAAAAAUUCCAUCUGAAAUACAUACUACCUGUCCUCUUACUGGUCAAUCGUGUUCGUUCGUAUUCAAAUAAUGAUUCGAUCAACUGCAACAGCGACACGGUCCCUAAAAAUUCGAUGUUACGAUGUGAAGUUUGUACCCAAGAUCAAUCUGCUGAGCGGAAAAGCGAGGGCAGCGAAUAAGAGUUGGCGGACUUUUAUAAUUUCCCUUACUGCAACCUAUUUCGAAACCUUUAUUCGAAUGUGGUUUGCAUAGAUUUUGACUAACGCACGCUUAUAUAACCGGAAAAAGAAUUUAUACCAGGCUCUACACCCCAAGUUACAAUAAAAGAAAACGAACGCGAGGUAAGUUUUCAUGUGCACGCUUGAAAUCUGGUCUCGAGCAUGCACAUUUACUUGUAGAAAAAGUGGUCCAUAGAAAGUUCACGCCCGCGAUACAAGAAUUGAAAUCCAGUCAGUACCACUAUUAUUCCCGACAGCCACAAUUUGUUCUUUGUGUUUUUUUCUUAAUUUUUCGUUUUUAGUUGGCAUCGGUGCAAAAAUAUCGUGGUGUUGGCCAAGCUAUCGUGUAGGAAAAUAUAUUUGGAGGGUGCAUACGCGUGAUUAACGAGCUAAGAAUUCUCAGACUCUGGUGUGUUAAAAGCCAUUUCUGCAAACGGUGUUUGUCCCAAACCGAUGCAUUAUAUUUAAAAGUUCCGAGAUAUUGUUUACGACCCGGAAUAAUCCCGUUUCGAAAAAAUUCACGAGGAAUUCGUUCCAUUAGCAACGGUUGGUUUGCACCGAAAACAACCGCGGGCUAGGCUAAGCAGCAUGGACAAAUAAUUGAUUCGUUACGAACGAAGAUGUUACGCGAGCAAAUAAUUCGAAUACCGCGAUUGUCUUCGUUUAGUUUUACUCGGACAAGAAAUAUCUGUCAAGAUUUUUCGUCAUUUUAAUUGUUUCCUACACACUUCGUUAACAUUUGUUUUUAGUUAACUCGAAGCAAUGAUCCGAAAAGAUUUCUUCAUAGUUCUUGAAUGUAAUUACGUUGAAUCGAUACAGUGUAACUUACGAGUAAAAUGAAACACUUUCUUUUAUUGUUCAACAUUUUUAUGUAAUCGUUGAAACACUUCGAAAGUAGUUGAAUGAAAUAUCAAUCAUUUUGAAGUAUCAGACUAACAAGUAAUUCUUUGAAUUGUUUCUAUUUCAAGAACUAUCAGUUUCGAACAGAUUAUUUCGAAAUUCUAGAGAGUAUCGAUUAUGUACUCCAGAGCUGAACAGGCGUGGACGAGGGUACGAAACCGGCGAUGAGGUCGAUUUUUAAAAGCAUACUUGACACCUGAGGAACAAUAGCGCCUGUUAAGCAAAUAACAAACACCUAUGACUAAUUCUUUACGUUUAUUUCAACAUCGAAGUCCGACAAAUGUAAAUCGCCAGAGCGUCCGUUCGAGAGGAUACAAGCUUUUUCUAAUGCGAAAACUUUUCGAUACAGCAAUCCUGAAACUUUGAUAAAAAACUUGGGAAAUUUCAUAUUUAUCGAACGUGUAAAAUUAUCGUUUGAGAAGCUUCGAAAAUUUCCGACCAAGUAAAACUGUCGAAUCGGAAUUCGGGAAAAUAGAACGAACCAGCAGUCGCACGUUUCUUAUCGUUAGUGAAAUGUUAUGCUGGCGAAAUUUGAUGAAGUAAUACGUUGACCGGACGACGCAAGACUUUACCUAAUCGCACUAAUAAAAUAAGAAUGUUAAUUACACGCGAACGUAAAAUCGCCUCGAAAGAGCAUUAAACGUUCGCCUGAACGCAUAGGUGAAAGUUUUUCAAGAAAACGAUACUAUCAAUGAGAGACGAACGGUAAAGUUCCAUUUUGCAAAAAUAAACGACAACGUGUCCGAGCAAUUAAAACUCGUUAUCAUUUGUGCUAAUUCUAAUGAUUAACGACCGUUCCAAAGUUAUGCGAACGCAUCAUAGAAAUAAAACGGCUAUAAAUUUUCUCGUUCCGUCGUCUAUCCAUCAUCGGAUCAUAAGGAUCAGCAGCGAGUGAAAACGAGAGCGACUAUUUUGUAAUCGUUUGCUUCCAUAAUAGCCGAGACGACACGUGGCGUUAGAAAACCAGACAAAUUUCAGACCUUGACUCUUUCCCGUCCUCGGGUUUAUCGGUUGUAUCUCGAAGUACCGUACUCCAAAAUUUCUGUUGUACUUUAAGAUGCACCGCCAAGAGAAACAAGCAAACAAGUUCGACGACAAAAUGCACGUUACCCAAUACGAUGUCGCUCGAAACAGAAGUCAACGAGUAUCGCAAGAGGUUUUGUUGAAGCAAUCGCAAGGAUUUAUAGGAUUUCAUGAAUCAUUACGAAUGUCGUUGCGACUUCAAGAGGCUCGAGGAUGAUUUACAAGUCCUUGAGACAGCAAAAAUUUGUGCAGCGAUAUCUAGCACUCGACGCUCAACGGAUCCGACAUUUUGUUAUUUGGCCACGGAAGACUCGUAUAAAAUAUUCAUUUUUUGAUACCGUAUCCUUUGGAGAACGUUCCAAAUAAUCAGCCAACUCGAUUAAGAAGAGUAGUACAUUUUUGUUAUGUAGCUUUUUGCUAAGCUAUUCUACGUUACUUUAUCCCUCCGUACGCUUUCUGUGUGGUCGUUCGAAACAGAGUAACAGAAAAUGAAAGCAGAGGACGUUCCCAGCCUGCAGAGUCCAGCGUGUAAAUGGAUCCGAAAGGAGUAAAAGAUGGAGGUUGGACGCGGUUGACGGGCAGUUUGUCCGCGAAAUAUCCGUAAAAUACAAAGUAAAUUUGAAAUAAUAGUCGAUCGCAACACCGUAGGAAUAAUAAUCGCGUCGGACCGCACAUGGUGGGGUGUCGCGGUGUGACUUCAAAGACAACGACGAUGACGACGCAGGCCACGAGGACGGGGCUUGCUUUCCAUUUGGAUUCUGUGAUUACUUCUCCUGCACGGCAGUCCUUUCCCGGUCGUCGUAUCUCCUCGGUCGGUGCUCAUGCAAAUAAAUUCCGUGUUCCUUCAUCGAUACACCGGUUGUCACGUCGAGAUCGCGCCGUAGAUCUUCCUCUUUUACACGAUCCUUAUUCGACGACGCACUUCCAUCCCCUCCAGUCUGUUUCCAGUUUCAGCUAGGCUAUCGAAAAGUAAACGUCGAACGAGUGAUGCCAAAUUCGCCAGUGAAUCCAUAGUUCCAUAGAAAAAGCGUCGAACCAUUGACCGAACACGAUGAAGUACCCAAGAAUCAGGAUCAUCCUGUCGUUGGCGUGGGUGUGCGUGUCCGUCCAGGGAUACGUUCAAGACCCGGAGGUGUUGAAGGGAUCGAUGCCGGCUUACGCGAUCACCGCCAGCAUCGAACAACUGAAUUCGACCAGAUGCCGCACGGAAAUGGAGAAAUUCCGCGACUCGGUGGACCGCGGUGUACUCUGGAGUCUGAGAAUGUUGGACGCCAGCGGAGUGCCGAGGGCUGGAUUCACCUCGGGGAACAACUAUUGGGUGGGAAGCAGAAAACAAUGCAACUUCCUUAGUCAAAACCGUACGCUACAGUUGUCGGAGAAGAAUAUGAAGAACAAUUCUGUCUACCGUAAUCCGGCCGAAGAGUUUCCGCCGUUUCGGCUUCACUUCUUCGGUGCCCACAUCCGUCACAAUGGGACGACACAGUAUCACAUCAUGGUACCCAUCGAAGACGUGAUAGUACUGGGACUUUGUUUACCCGCGACCUGUACAGAACACGAAGUGGCUACGAUGCUGAACAACGUGUUCGACCAGAGGCUUCUUCAGGUCGGAAAACUCUAUUCGACCGACUUCCAGUUGAUCAAGGUCUCGGAUAUGAUAGACGAUCAUACCUGGCUUGUCAACGGAAAAAUAAUCACGAUCUUUUGUAUUUUGGCAGCGAUACUCGGUAUAGUGAUAGUGGGCACGUUCUAUGAUGGUCUGGUGCACCAGAAACGUUUGCAGAACGAGAAAAAAUUUCUUGCUUACGAGAACAACAACACCUCCGAAUUAAAAGGCGAAAUGGAAGAGAAGUCCGAACACGAUCAAGAAGCUGCUAUACCUCAAGAGCUGCAGCCAGACAGCCGGGUCGGACAAGUUCUUCUGAUGUUCUCCUUCUAUUCGAACAUGAAACACAUAUUCAACAUAGGCAACAGUACCGAAAGUGUAGCGUCGUUACAUGGCUUGAAAUUCUUUGGAAUGAUAUGGAUCAUGAUCGUACACACAAUCUUCUACAUGUUGAAUAUCAUAGGUAACAAGGCGGAAGGCUACAUAAUGACUAACGAUGUCGAGAUCCAAAUCUUGUCUAACGCGACACUGUCCGUCGACACGUACCUGUUCAUCAGCGGAUUUCUGUUGGCGUUUGUCUUUCUAAAGGCGCAAAAUAAAGAGAGAAAGGUGCAUCCGUUUCAGAGAAACGCGAUCAAUUUCUUCAGCGCUAUCUUCAAGAGAUACAUGAGGCUUACACCUGCGUACUUGGUCACGAUAUUGCUGGUGAUCGUAAACUUUUCUUGGUACGAACAGUUUACGGUUUGGUACUUCAACGAACCGCUACCGGAACUAUGUUCGAAGUACUGGUGGAGAAAUUUGUUGUACAUCAAUAACUUCUUCGGUUGGUCUGACUUGUGCCUGUCCUGGAGUUGGUAUCUCUCCAACGACAUGCAGUUCUACAUUUUCGGUAUCUUUGUAUUGAUGUUAUCGACCAGUUACUACUACCUGUCCCUAGGCAUAAAUAUCGCGAUAUUACUCGUAUCCACGUUCUUGCACGGUUUCGUUGCAUACUCUAUAGAAUACAUUCCUACGUUGGACAUGCAAUACGAAACGUUGACUUACAUGUACAUGCGACCAUGGAUGAGAGUACAGCCGUACAUAGUAGGGAUGGGCACGGCUCUUCUUCUUACAAAAUGGAACUAUAAAUUGCGAUUGUCGAAAAAAGCAUUAGUUACCUGUUGGUGCCUCAGCAUAUUAUGCAAUUGUUCGAUACUGUUUGGUGUGUCUGACAGACGCAUAUCGCUAGGACUGUCGAUCUUUUACGAGGCGUUUAGCAGACUCGGUUGGAGCGUUGGAAUAGCUUGGCUCGUAAUCGCCUGUGUUACGAACAAUGGCGGUAUCGUUAACAAAUUUCUGUCGUUACCAUAUUGGGUUCCGUUCAGCAGAGUCUCGCUCUGCGCCUAUCUUUUAAAUCCAUUUUUGAUAUUGUCAAUUGGCAUGUACAGCAAUACUUCCGAAGACAUUGACCUCUUAAUUACCGGUACCAUAUGCCUCGGAAUAUGUGUAACGAGUUUUGUUUGUGCAUUCGUGUUGUCGGCAAUGACUGAAGUACCAGUGAUAUUAUUUUUACGAAUAAUCAGUUCCUUCAACAGAAGAAUAAAAUGAGAGUACACGUUUUUAUAAAAUUCGACACGUGGAAAGAAGAGGUGAAGCUCCGGAACCACUUGUGGAAUAAUCUUAAAUAUAUUUCUUAUUUUAUCGAUAAGCGUUUUGUACAUAGCGAAGUAAAUUUAGUUAUAAAUGACACCCGACUUGAAAGAGAGGAGGAAAUAUAUUUACAAAUAAAUAUAGAUUAAUUAAGGGCGUGGAAAAAUCCUUACUAUGCAAUAUUUGAACAGUAAAUGCGAUUAGACGACGCUGGAGACAAAGAAUGAUUUGUUCAACCAGGUUGUUUACUACAUCCUUUUUUCGAAUUGUUUUUUCGAGAUUAAAAACAAAACAUGUUUUGCACAACUAGUGCAAUGCUCGCCAUAGUAAACUUCGUCAGGACUAUUUGAUGGCGGCGGCCGAAGAUAAAAUAAGUUGAAAAUUUCAAGCCACUCGAUAUAAGGGAUGUUGAUUAACUGUUUGUACAUGCUCAAGGGGAGACAGUUUCGCUUGUUCAUGAACUCUUCCGCGUUCAUAUUUGUAACAUAUUAUUGUGUAACAUAUUGAAUACUUGUUAAAUAAAAAUGUGCCAAAUUUACAAAACAUGCGUGUGAAUAUAUGUAUUAAUUUCCAUGCUAGUUUAUAAAUUAUUCAAGUAUUUUGUUACGUUGCAUUGUGCCUCGUGGGCAUAAUUCGGAUUCGAGAAAUCUGCUGUACAUCAACAACUUCUACAACUGGGAAGACUUAGUGGGUAUAAUUUGACAACCCUGCAAUUUAGAUAUAUCUUACAGAAAAUGUUAAAAGACGCAACUGUUUCAGUGCAUGACCUGGACUUGGUACCUCAGCAAUGACAUGCAGUUCUUUGUGCUUGGUACCGACUUGGUACCGAAUACGAGAUUCGUACACACGAGAAUACAAUUCGUUUCUUCUAAAGUUUGGUGCUCACAAAUCCUGCUAAAUACAAUUGAAACAAGUCUAAUAAUCACUCGAUAACCAUCUAUCCAAGGAAGGUUAUGAUUGUAGAAAAAACAUUCGUAUUUGAUUGUACAUAAGAAUGUUAAUAAU